AUGAAGCUUUCCGUGGAUGGAGCAGAUCAAUGGGAGCUUCUGCAAACAGUUCAUCAACUCUUCUCCAGGCCAUUGAAAUGUUAUGGUAAUACCAAAACAGUAGGCUCCACAGGAAACCUUCCUGAAGAAAGACUUCAAAAUUACAAGGACUUUUUCCAAAUUGACAUGAAGAUGCUCCUGCUCAAUGUUCAACCGGACUAUGAGCUACCGACGCAAGCAUUUCAAACAUGCAUAGAUUCUUUUAAAGAUCUCCUUGAAGCUUUUGAAAAUCUAAUUGAUGAUAGCAUCUUGGAUAUUCAAGACGAAACGUUUCAAGAUCCUUUACAGGAGACCUCAAGGGUUAAUCUAGAAAACGAGAAAAAGGCCAAAUGGUCCAAAAUACUUCGCGGCCGUUUCUUCCAUAAGUCAGACCGUCAUUCACAGCUAGCCUCUCGGGCUAUGUCACAAGCUCCUUCUGCGCUACCGAGUCCAUCCUGCGCGUUGCACCCCAAUGCUAAGCUAAGGCGGGUUAAAGAAACACUUUAUCGUGAUGAUGGCGACUUGGCGUUGUUAGAUAACUGUGUUCAACUACAGAAAGAGCAAGAAUUUGACACAAUGCUCAACGUUAUAAGCAGUUUCAACGGGACCAUGAGACAGCUGUUUAAACAAACACCUGCGCUUCUCGACAAUCCAUCAGCAAUCCAAACUACACUACCCACCAAAGAAACCAAAGUUCCAGAAAAUAGUCCGGGUUAUGCUGCAUGGAGUUUAAUGGAGAAUCUUCACGCGUCUUUCAUUGAUCAUUUAACAUAUUGCGAGUCGACACACCAGGCUAGACUUCAUGUACCUGUCCUGCAAAAGUCGGACAACGUGGUAUCUACCCUUGAUGUUGAUAUGUUCUUUUCAACGUGCCAGCAGUCAAAGAAAUGGCACGAGGCUAAAUGCAAAGUUUCAAGAACGCCUAGGAAGUCGAUAGCUUCGAAGGCCUUUCCGGGCAUCUCCCUGCGUGCCCUCCUGGAGAAUGGUCAUUUUGGACAGACUAGGAAGAAGGGACUGACAAAGAUAUCUUUGAAAGAAAAGAGAAUAUUCGCGGUAAUUCUCGCACAUACGAUGCUACAACUUUGCGGCGGUCCUUGGAUUCAAGAAACAUGGGAUGCGGAAAACAUUUUCUUCAUGUUCGAUCCUGAUACCCAAAAACUAUUUGACUUUUAUCGGCCUUAUAUAGCCAGUCCACUUGAAUCAGACCAGCUGGCAGAUGUAUCCUGCGAUGAUCGCAUGCACAAGUAUCCACUCAUCCUUGAUUUCGCACGUAUUCUUUUGGAAAUUGAAUACGGGGAGACUAUCAUGGCGACAGAAGAGGACUACGAUGCAGAGACACAUAAGGAAACACAAGACACACCAUUUUUCAUGAUUGACCGAGUAUUGAAUGAAAUCGCUGAUGAUGUCUAUCAAGAUUACCGCAAUGCAAUCUCUGCGUGCUUGGAUAUUGAAAAGUUUUUGCCUCCUCAUGGCGGAUUCUUUGAUGACCCGGAAUUCCAACAAUCGAUUUACAAGUAUAUAGUCGCGCCUUUGGAAGAUGAACUCUUCAAAGCAUUCAGACUGAAGGCCGGUGACUUGUAUUUGAUGAAUCGGCAUGAGGAGGACACCGCGACUCACAACCGGGCCACUAUCAAUAUAUGGAAUGUCACAGAAACCCCAUUGCAGGAUAAUCAAUUAAAAGUUCGGCCAAUGGUCUCAGGAUCGACACAUGUAGAAAAUACUACGCUCGAGUCGUCAGGUAGCAUUGUUAUAAGAGAAUCUCAAACUACCCUCAGCAUCUCUUCCGCUACUACCUAUACACCCGAUUCAUACACCGUUGCUAUUGUAUGUCCCAUGGGCGUAGAAAUGGCACCUGUUGUGGCGAUGCUUGACAAAGAUCACCCAGAUUUGAGUUUCACCCGACGAACAAACACUUACACUUUGGGGCAGAUUGGAGAGCACAAUGUGGUGAUUACCGUUAUGCCAGAGAUUGGAAACAGCAGAGCUGCUUCCGUUGUCACACAACUACAGAACGACUUUCAGUCCCUGCAAUUUGGUCUUCUAGUUGGAAUUGGGGGAGGGAUUCCUGAUCUCAGUAAGAAUGAUAUCCGACUCGGCGAUGUUGUGGUGAGCAAACCAGCAGGUGCUUUUGGCGGAGUAGUCCAGUUCGACCGAGGCAAAACAAACGUUGACAAUCGUUUCGAGAGAACGGGUUCUUUGAACAAGCCCCCACAGUUUCUAAUGGCAAGCCUUGAAAAACUUAGUGCUCAGCACAGAAUAAAGGGUAAUCGGAUCAGUCACAACUUAUCGACCAUGCUAAAAAAGUGCCCACAAAUGGCCGAGGAGAAAUACGUCUACCAAGGUGAAGAAAACGACGUUCUUUUUAAGCACACAUAUAUGCACAAAUCAGGUAGCAAUUGCAAGGACUGUAGGGAAGACAAUGUUGUUGAACGCCCACCCCGCCGAUCGACAUCCCCGGUGGUUCAUUAUGGGACUAUUGGAUCCGCCAACACUGUCGUCAAGGAUGCGUAUACCCGCGAGAAGUUAAAACAGGAUUUAGGUAUAAUCUGUGUGGAAAUGGAAGCUGCCGGUCUGAUGGAUGAAUUCCCGUGUCUCGUCAUCAGAGGCAUUUGCGACUAUGCUGACUCGCACAAAAACAAAAUGUGGCAGCCAUAUGCUGCUUCCACGGCUGCGGCCUUUGCAAAAGAGUUGCUAUCUGUGAUUCCGGCUUGA